UUAGCCCCCUCUUCCUCCCAUCCCUCCUCCUCACCGGCCUCUCCGCCUCGCCUCGCCGCCUCCCCGGCGACCACCACGGCCGCCUCCGCCGCCGGCGAAGAGGAAUUCUAGAAGGCGUCCAUGUCUGCGGCGGCCGCUUCGUCCGCGCUCCGGCCGCCGCCGGGGUGGGGCGCGCCGUCGCAGCGGCGGCUGGUGGAGGAGCACCUGGCGUCGCUGCCGCACGGCCUCCCGCGGGCGGCCCACGUGCGGGAGCUCCACGCGCAGAUGCUCAAGCAGGGGCUCCACCGGAACCCGCGCGCGGCGGCCAGGCUCGUGUCUGCCUACGCGCUCCUCCGCCUCCUCCCGUCCUCCCGCCGCGUCUUCGACGCGGUCCCGUCCCCGCACGCCGACGCGUUCCUCGCCAACACGCUCCUCCGCGCCUACGCGCUCGGGGGCGCGCCCCGCGACGCGCUCGCCGCGUUCUCGGCCAUGCCGCUACGGGACAGCUUCACCUACUCAUUCCUCAUCAAGGCGGUCUCCGCCGCCGGCGUCGGCCCGGUCCGCGCGGUGCACUCGCACGUAUUCAAGCUCGGGUCCGUCGAGGAUACCUUCGUCGGGAACGCGCUGAUCGACGCCUACUCCAAGAACGGCGGGUUCUUGGACGCCAGAAAGGUGUUCGACGAAAUGCCGGCACGGGACGUCGUGUCCUGGAACACGGCUAUGGCGGCGAUGGUGCGCGAGGGGGAGUUGUCUGGCGCGAGGAAGAUGUUUGACGAGAUGCCAGAGAGGGACACGGUGAGCUGGAACACAAUGCUGGAUGGCUACACAAAGGCAGGGGAGGUGGACGCAGCGUUUGAACUUUUUCAGCGCAUGCCGGAGAGGAAUGUUGUGUCGUGGUCGACGAUAGUGUCAGGUUACUGCAAGAAGGGUGACCUGGAGAUGGCUCGGGUGAUCUUUGACAAGAUGCCUAGCAAGAAUUUGGUGACAUGGACUAUAAUGGUGUCGGCAUGUGCAGAGAAGGGGCUUGUUGAUGAGGCAGGCAAGUUGUUUGCUCAGAUGAAGGAGGCUGAUGUGGAACUUGAUGUUGCUUCUGUUGUGAGUAUCCUGGCGGCGUGUGCAGAAUCAGGCUCUCUUUCACUUGGAAAGAGGAUUCACCGAUACGUGCGGAAGAGGAAGCUGGGGAGAUCAACCCAUGUGUGCAAUGCACUGAUUGACAUGUUCUGCAAAUGCGGGUGCGUGAACCGAGCUGAUUAUGUCUUUGACACUGAGACAGUUGAGAAGGAUUCGGUGUCAUGGAACAGCAUCAUUGGAGGUUUUGCAAUGCAUGGGCAUGGCGAGAAGGCGCUGGAGCUAUUUGCUCAAAUGAAGCAACAGGGAUUUAACCCUGAUGCUGUAACAAUGAUCAAUGUUCUUAGUGCAUGUAGGCACAUGGGGUCUGUGGAUGAGGGACGCCGGUAUUUCUCCAACAUGGAGAGGGACUAUGGUAUCAUGCCCCAGAUAGAGCAUUAUGGUUGUAUGAUCGAUCUUCUUGGUCGUGGAGGGCUCAUCAAGGAGGCUAUCGAUCUGAUCAAAAGCAUGCCUUGGGAGCCUAAUGAAGUUAUAUGGGGGUCCCUUCUCAGUGCAUGCCGACUGCACAAGAACGUGGAGUAUGCAGAAAUAGCAGUGAACGAGUUGAGCAAGCUUCAGCCCUCCAAUGCUGGGAACUUUGCUGUGCUCUCAAACAUCUAUGCAGAGGCUGGGCAGUGGAGUGACAUGGCGAAGGCAAGGAUGCAGAUGAAAGGAACUGGGUCGCAGAAAACUGCAGGAUCAAGUUGGGUCGAACUUGAUGAGGCAUUCCAUGAGUUUACUGUGGGGGAUAGAAAGCACCCAGAUUCAGACCAGAUAUCUGAGAUGGUUGAUAGGUUGAGUUCGCAUGUUAAGCGUGCUGGCUGUGUUCCAGCAGGCCAUGAGCUGCUUGUGCAGUGAGUCAUUUGCUUAGGGCAUGCUUAUAUGCUAAUGCGAAUUUGGAAUGCUCCUCUGCCUGGUGAUUAACCUUGCAGGUCAUGCGAUCUGAAGAAAUUAAGCGUCAUUCCUGAUACUGCCUGCAAUAAUGAAGAUGAUAGGACAUGGUGCAGAAGGUUCUAUGAUUGAGUGAACAGCCUUGAAUGUGUCGGAGGCUUGAUGCAUUUCUCAGCAUCUGUGCAUCUGCCAAUCAGGUUUGCUGUGUUAAUGACUGUUACCAUGACGACAGAUGAUGAUGGAGUGACUGACAAAACACUGACAAUAUGGUUCUAGGUUGGUCGGAUAGUUCAUAGCUCAGUUUCAAUUCUUCACUUCAUCUGGUUAGACAAAACCAAAACAAAGGUAAGGUUAGGCCCUUAUAAAGCACAGAAGGCAGAAGAACUCAGAUUCAACACAACACCAUUUUUCUCUUUCCAAUGUAACAGUAAGAUGUUGGAGCGCAUGAAUAUUUUUCUUAGUGUUUUACAGGUCUUGACACUAUAAUUUAGAUGUACCAUCACCUUAAUUAAUGAAUGUAUGAAACUAUAGACGAGGGAUUGUAUAUUGUUGUAUAAAAUUUUAGUGCAGACAGCCCAUACCUGUAUGCACUGAGAGCAUGCUUCUUGUGUUUGAGACAACACACAUGUAAACCAUUUAUUCAGUUUUAUCGUCUGAAGCCUUUGGCACUUUGGGAGUUGUUGUAUACUAGUACCAUCCAUCAUUUUGACCGAUGGAAAGAAGGUAAAGAAUAGUACCAUUUAUGUUGCUGUGAUGCUAAGUAUUCAACACAAUAGUAUUUCUGAACUUUUGCA